CUCUUACGCACAUCGCCUCAUUGCGCCUGUACACAAGACCAUGCACGCACGCCAAUCCCUCCAUGAAGGACACGUCAACCGAGACUGCUUGUCAUCCCUGGAAGUGGGCUGCGCGCGAUGCUGCGGGAGUUGUGCACCGAUACUGCAAGACAAGACAGCAAAUGAGCAUCCAUGUUCAAUCCAAUGCACGUGUGUGCACAAGCAGGAUGUCUCCUUACGCGUGACAUCUUCAGGGCAUUUCUCGUCGGCAUCAACCGGCGACCUCAGCUGCCAAGCGUCUUCCGCACCAGCAGGCACAGCCACCAUCUCAGGGGCCACAUCAGCGGUUUUGGCGGCCUCGUCGAUGGCCUUGAGCACCCAUCUGUGCCGCGUCCCGUGACGCACCUCCCCCGCUUCAGCAUUGACAGUGCUGCUGGCGGCGGCCUUUGCGUCCCGCUCCUGCUUGGCAGCGAUAGCCUUUGAGAUGAUGUUGGUCUUGAAGCCGUAGCCCGGCCGGGUGUGGCCCACACGCCCGGGAGACCACGUCACGAAGAAGCGAAAGCUGAGGGAGGAAGGAACAAGGGCAAUAAGAUGCGAGGACAUUUGGUCGAUCGGUGGGUGUAUUUGUGUUGACUUACAAUUUUCCGUCUUGGAAUUGCUUGACCAGCUCCGGGUCCACCUGCUCUAGACCGGCUGCCGUGCUCGCAGCAGCAGCAUAGAAGAUGGUCUCCACCUUGUAGGUGCGGAUGUUCCCCCAGUCGGGUGUGCCCUCGAUGUGGUCGGCCCCCCAGCCCUCCAUCACAAAUGACCAGCCGCUCGGGUACGACAGCCACUGAGGCACCGCCUCGCCAUUGAGCAAAUCGGAACGCUUCUCGCAAAAGUGACGCAAAUACUGACACAAACAACAACAGCAGGCAGGCAGGCAGACAGAGAACGACAUAUAUGUUUUCUCUCUGUCUGUGUGUCCUCUCUCUCUGUGUCACACGUGCCGCGCCCACGUCAUAGAGCUUGACAGCGAAGUGUGCCAUCCACUCUUUGUGUGUCUUGCCCUGCGGAUAGGCCCUCUCGUUUUGCCCUGGUGGUAAGCCCGGUGAGGACGCCACACUCGACGGACGGCUGGUGGCCAAGGACGGCGUGCGAUUGGUCGACCUCCUGGAACGCUCCGGCUCAGAAGGCUCUUCCAGCACCAACGCCCGCCGCCUUCGUGAGCGAGACCGAUCAUUUUUCUCCUUCUCCUCCUUCUCCUCCUUGACCUCCUGCUUGUCCACCGCCUCACUCCUCAGCCGCGACGGGCGAUUGCGGCGGCUCUCGCGGGCCCCCCUCUUGGCACGCGGACCGGCGAUCUCGGUCCAGGUGGGGUAGGGCAGAUCCUCUGUGACAUCAUCCGCCAUAGCCGCCGCCGCCGUCGCCGCACGACCCCCCCUGGCGGCCACUUUGGCCUUGGCCGUGGAGGACCGUGGGUUGGCCUUGCUGGGCACCUGCAGCGGCUUUGGGCGCGGCCUGUUGGGGGAGGGCUGGCCGAGGAUGAUCGACGGGGGAGCCUUGCUGCCGUGGGGGCUGGUGGUCUGGGGAGGCGUGGCAAAUGGCGUGGGGUACACUGAAAGGGAGCAACAACGGCAGCAGGAGAACAAGUGCACACUUGAUCACACGCCCGUUUUCUUCCCUCUGUCCUCUACCUGAGGUACCGUUAGGCGUCCCCCCGUUGUGCUGGCCGCGACCCUGACGGCCACCGUCGGCCUCGAUUUUCACGGAUGGCGACGGCACGUGAUUGGGUGCCUUAUCAUCAGCGACGGCGGCGGCUGCCUGCUUGCGUUGCUGGCGGCGCUCCUGUCGCUCAAGCCUUAUCUUCUGGAUCGUCGACGCACCGAACUGGACAUGCCAGUCGAACUCUCCAAGCUCGACAGUGUCCCUCUGUGGGAAGUCCCUCAGGUGCCGGAGAGCCCGCAUGGCCGUGAGGGCGCCAUCGAGGGUCCGGAAGUCGACACAGAAGGCACUCUCGUUGUCAGGCGGGGGAGGGAACCGAACCCCGAUACCUUCCAACUCGCCGUACUGCUGGAAGUACUCGCGCAGUUGUAGUCGUGAGUAGUCACCUGGACGACCAGCGGCCCACACAGUAUAGCAAUUCUCGCUGUCAAACUCCACCUGAGGGACAGAAAAGGAAAACCAUGCACGCAUUGUGUGUGAAGCCCACAUCAUGAAGUGAGGCUCUCACGCUUGUCACGAGCCGACUGAGAGGCAUGUGGUCGACGGAGUAUGUGCUCCUACGUACCUCUGGGAGCCUCUCGGCCUCCGUUGCCUCCCUCUUUUUGUCUUCGGGUCCUUUCCUGACUCUCGCGGCGAGUGAGGACAGAGGGAGCGGCAGAGGAGGAACGAGAGAGACCGAAUGGUUCGCUGCCAUAGGGGUGCAACCCGUUCUGCCUCUACAGUGCCC